GUGAUUGUGAUCGGUUGUCGGGUGCGGCAUGCGCUGCUACAAGUGAGCAUAGUGGAUGAAUAGUGACAAAUUUAAGUAUAUGAAAUGUUAUACGUCCCAGAGUCACAGCAAUAAAUUUGUUAAUAUUUGUUUUUGAGAAAUUUUAGGGAAAGUGUUUAAUACACGGUAAGUUUAAAUAUUAUGCGUAAAUACGCAUAUAAUCAUGAUUAUGUACAUCUAAAGUGAGUGCCAAACAAAUCUCGAAUGCAAUGGAUUGUUAGUUGGGCACUGACAGUUUAAAAUAAAGUGCUAUCAACUUGAAUUCGAUGGUUAAAGAAAAGUAAACUUUUUUUGUGAAGUGAUUGAAAACCAAUUUACAUCUGGAAGAAACGGAUUGGAUUUUGUGUUUGAUCGGGUUAACGUAGAUUAUAAAAAUGCGUGAAUACAAAAUUGUUGUACUAGGCUCAGGGGGUGUAGGAAAAUCUGCUUUGACAGUGCAGUUUGUACAAGGUAUAUUUGUAGAAAAAUAUGAUCCAACAAUAGAAGAUAGUUAUAGAAAACAAGUGGAAGUAGAUGGCCAACAGUGUAUGUUGGAAAUUCUGGAUACAGCUGGAACAGAACAAUUCACAGCAAUGAGAGACUUGUAUAUGAAAAAUGGUCAAGGUUUUGUUUUGGUUUAUUCAAUAACAGCACAAUCCACUUUCAAUGAUCUUCAGGAUUUAAGAGAACAAAUACUUAGAGUAAAAGACACAGAUGAUGUUCCAAUGGUUUUAGUUGGUAAUAAGUGUGAUUUGGAAGAUGAAAGAGUUGUUGGAAAAGAACAGGGGAUCAGCCUUUCGCGUCAGUUUAGCUGUGUUUUUAUGGAAACGUCUGCCAAAGCAAAAAUUAAUGUUUAUGAUAUAUUUUAUGAUCUAGUUCGACAAGUCAAUAAGAAAUCUCCUGUGAAACAACCGAAGAAACCUAAACCCAGAUGUAUGCUUCUAUAAUUUUAGGAAAUUCUUGGAACCAAAAAGUACAUUAAAACGAUUUAAAGACAAUUAUAUAUGUAGAGUGUAUAAGAGGCAAGUGCGGACUAAAAGUCUCUUGCAGUGAAGUUUUUUAAAGCUCUGUAUAUCAUUCUUUUAACACUAAUUUAAAUAUUUGUAAUAAAUAAAGUUGUCAGUUAAUUUUUCCACAAUCAAGGUUGUUAUUAUAUGAUAUAUCUAGAUGCAAUCUUAGUGAUAGAGUAUUUUGAAAUACUGCCAAUUACGUGGUGUCAAAUAGAGAUAGAGAUUUUGUGAAUUAGUGGUAUUUGUUACUUCUGAUUCAAGACUAUCUACAGGACAAUACUUCACCAAAAAACAAAAAAACAAAUUUGGAAUCUCUCAACACCCAAGCCCCUACAUGAACAUGAACUGAGGCAUCCUUUUACCGUUACAGUCUCUCAUUUUUAUCAAUGCCCAUUUACACCAUAAACUUUUUUCUUAUUAUCAUUUUGGAUGUAGUAACUUGUGGUGAGAUGUGAUAAUAAUCCGAUGGUGCUUUUCUAGUAGGUAGUGAUGUCCUUGGCGAGAUCAAAUAUUCUAUUCUCAAAAGGGUGCACCCUUACGAAUCACCAAAUAAAUUUAUUUCUGUUUUUUAUGAAUCACCGUCACAUUACACAGGCUGAUUCUAUGCUCUGACUUGUACCCGUUUAUGAAAAACACAACGCGCCUAACGAUUUUGCUCCAAAAAAAACUACGACUGUUCCAGUUUUAUAUAUAGGGUCUAUACUAAUAUAUGUGAAUCUAUUAGCUGUUCACUGCCGAGUACAUAUUCUAUUUCGAAUCUCUAAAAAGCAACAGAGAUGUAUAUAUAUAUAUAUAUAUAUAUAUAUUUGUGCUUUGGCGAUUAUCUUUCCAUUCGACAGGUACGUUGCAAUGAUGCUUAUUAGCCUUUCAUUGAUUCAUAAACUAUUAUUAACCUUGUUCAUGAUAAUGUAUGAAUCCACCAAUGACGUUACUUUUUUUUCUUUGAAAACAUAAAAUUUGCUAGAGAGAGCAUUUCUAUUGAACUGUAAAUAACUUUCGUCUAGUAUGACCCGAAAUCGCUGCAUUAAGAAUCUCAUAAUUAUAAAAAUUAAGUAGAACCAAUUACAACAUGUUCAAGUAUUUUAUCAUAUUUUCAGCAAAGAUGUACCAAAAAACAAUUCAUAAAAGUGUUUCGUUGAUAUUGAACAUAAAAUGAUACCCUAUGGACAAGUCAUCUUUUUCAUCUCCAUUAAGUGUUAGGCCCUUUACAACAUAUUUAUAAUCAUGAAUAUAUUUCAAGUUUCAAUUGUAUUAAUCUUGUGUUAAGAGUUUAAUGGCGUUGCACACAAUUUGGUCUUCCAUUCCAAUAAAAUUUGCUGUAGAAAAACUUUUUUUAAUUAAUAUGGUAACGCCAGGAAACUAGAGGUUAGAUAUUUUCUUCAAUAUAUCUGCAAAUCUUUGAUUAUGUAAGCAGUUGUAUGAUUUUUUAAAAUAUGUAGUUUUCCACUAAAUUUCUUAGAAUUAAAAAAAUAACUGGGACAGUUUUAGUUGUAGAAAAAAUCGUUACAAUUGCAUAGAGUUCAAUAUUUUGAAAAAUGAUAUUGCUAUUUCAAAAUACAAUUACAACCAUAUUUAGGAAAUUUUAAACCAACAGUUUGUCAAAGAAAGUUUUAGUAAUUUUCUUUACUUCAAACUCAACAAAAACUUUCAAUUUUCCUUUUAUCUUAAUCUUAACGUUUUUCUCUUGAUUUAAAACAAAAUUUUCAAUGUUAUCCAAAAAAGUAACAACUACAAAAUGAGAUUCAAAGAUGUAUGAGACACUUGAUUAUAAAUUUUAACUAAUCGAUAAAUUGUAAUAGAUUAUUGUUUAUGAAUGGAAAUGAACCUCAAGAUGUAAUUGUUUCUUUUAAAACUCUCAAUUUUUUCAUUUCCAAAGGUGUGUAUUAUCUUUAUUGUUCUGUCAUCCUACUUGUGUGACUUCCAAUUAAACACAACUUAUUGUGACUCAUGAUUUAGUGUUUAUUUUCUCCACUAGUCCAGGUAUUAUAUGAUAAACAGGCUUUUUGUUUAAUUUUCAUUGGUAUUUAGUGAAGGUCUAUUUGGAAAUUUUUCUCCAUUUUUCAAAUUAUUUAUCCAUACAUUAUUUUCACCAAUUUUAUAAUUUGAUGUAACUUAUUUAGUAUACUAAUGUAACUGGUUGUUUAGAAUAAACUUUUUAGCAUAUCUUUUCGCUGAUUCAGUUAGAAACCCAUCAUAUUUAUAACCUAUCCACAUAUUAUAUAUUUCUGAAUGUUUAUUAAUUUUCUGGAAAGCCUAGUGUUUUACAGAGCACAAUAAUCAACGAGGCCGGUAUACUUCAAACUAAAAUGUUAGAUAAUGUGGAUAAAUCAAAAUUCCCAAAAAGCAGAGUAUUUUGGAACUUGUUCAGUUAUUGAAUAAAUAAUUGUGAUACAAAAAAAAUGUUUCUGUAAUAGUUUUUCAUAAGCGGGCGAUAGUUUUCAAUUCUGAAUCACCCUGUAUGUAAAAAUAGCAUAUAAAUUUCUAUUAUGUCUUCUAUUGACCAACCAUUUCCCAGUCUAUUGUAAUGUCAGUUUAGCAUUAAGAAUUAUUAAACGUCUCUUAUUAAUAAAUGUGCGAUAUGAUAUGUAGGUAUCUUUAAAUUUUAAAUAUAAUUGUUGCACUUAUGAAUAUUCCUAUAUUUAUCUUUUAGCAGUAUUUAUUUUAAUAAAUAGUAAA